GUCAGGAAAAUCAGUGGAGGUAGUGGGUAUGAAGGAUAUAUGACAGCAGAAGUUUUUGUUUUUCAUCCAGAGAUGGUGGGUUCAAUUCUGUCUUCCAAUGAUCCCUGGGUGAUCGCACUAUGGCUUUUUCUUCUAAGCCUGGAAGUCCACAUGGCUUAUUUUUCGAUCAAUCAACAAAAUACAACACGGCUAUCAACUUUACGCUAUUACUGGACACGGAUUUUGGUUAGAACAUUCACAUCUCAUGCUUCUUUACUACAAGAACCUAGUACUGGACACGUAUUUCGACUAAAACAUUCAUACCUCAUGUUUCUUUACUCCACGAACCUAGUACUGGACGCUUAUUUCAGUUGAAACUUUUACACCUCAUGCUUCUUUACUCUACAAACUUGAAUCAGGAUUCCCAACUCGAAGGAGAGACGACACCAUGGCACCAAUCGACAUCGAAAUGAACCCUAUGGACAUGGAAACUGAAAAGAUACCCGCCCAUUCGGUCGAAGAGAAAGAUCCUAUUGUUUUCAAAGGCGAAAACGCUCACAUUGAGCUCUCCCUGGCUGCCGAGAAACGUUUGGUUAGGAAAUGUGAUUUGAGAGUCGCGCCAGUUCUCUUUUUCUUGUAUAUGCUCUCGUUUCUCGACCGUAUCAAUAUUGGAAACGCGAAAAUCCAAGGCCUUCAGAAGGAGCUAAAAUUCAGUGGCUCACAGUACAAUAUCGCCUUGCUAAUUGUCUUCGUUCCUUUUAUCUUACUCGAAGUGGGUUUCCUAUACUUUAUACACGUGCCGAUAGUUCUCGCUGAUUCCGUCAAGGUUCCCUCGAAUAUUGCCAUGAAGAAAGUCAGACCCAGUACUUGGUUGUCUGGUCUUGCGGUUUGCUGGGGUACGAUACUAUUGGGUUGAAAGGGUAUUGGGUACUGAAGGUCAUGGAGAAUUGAUUGCCUUGUAAAAGGUAGCUAUCUAAGGUGUUUAUAUAAAGAGUGUAAGGUUUAGGCAGACAUGAAGCAUUUAGG